AUGUUGCAGUCUACGUACCAACCUUCUCCCAAUGUCGCGAACCCACCACCACUUCUCCCCGGCUGGACAGAGCACACAGCACCCACUGGACACAAGUACUACUACAAUACCGAAACGAAGCAGUCGACAUACACGAGGCCAAGCGCACCUGUGUCACCAGCGCCACCCGCGCAUCCCCUCGGUCCUAGUCCCUACCAUCAGCACCAGGCGAUACCAAACCUUUCGGAUCCCAAUGUUGCCAAUGCCUACCUCGCGCAACUGAAUGCGGCGCAGGGCCCAGUCUCUGGCCAUCACAACCGUGGAGGGGGAUUUGCCCGAGGUGGACGGGGCGGCGGCGACUCGCGUUCACGGCCACAACCCAACGACAGACCGCGCACUAAAGCUGCGAUACCAGGUUUCGAACCGUGGAUUCUCGUAACGACCAAGUAUGGCCGACGUUUCGCCUACAACCCCGAUAAGAAUACCAGCUACUGGCGCAUUCCCGAGAAGCUGAAACCUGGAAUAUUGGAGCUGGACCAGGCGCGCAUUCUCGCAAAGACUGCGCCAGAAACAGAUGGCAAACCGAAGGAAGGGCCGGUUUCUGCGCCUGGAGCGAGCAAUCGACCAGGAGCCCCGAAUCCCACCGCUGCGACGGACGAGCCGGAAGACAACGACAGCUCCGAAUACGAGGAGGUCGAGGUAACAGACGACGAAGCGCAGGAUGAGGAUGAUGUGGGCGACAAUGGGGAGCAUCGACCAAAGCGCCAAAGAACCGAACAGGAGGGCGAGGAGGAGGCUGUUGAAUUCAGCGAAGCCGAUAUUGCCUUUCAAUUGCAAGCCAUGGGGGAGGCAUACGGCCUCGACCCUGGCGAAUACGAUGACGGCAACGCAGACGAUUGGCCAGACGGAGCGGAUGGCGUGCACUUCUCCGAGGAAGACGCGCGAGCUCUCUUCAAAGAUCUCCUAGACGACUACAGUAUCAAUCCCUACAACACCUGGGACAAGUUGAUAGAGGAAGGACGUCUAGUAGACGACCCACGGUACACGGUCUUGGACACGAUGAAGGCGAGGAAGGAAACGUGGCAAGAAUGGUCAAAGGACAAAAUCCAGGAGCUCAAAGAACAACGAGCCAAGCAGGAGAAGACUGACCCUCGAAUCCCAUACAUGGCCCUGCUACAGGACAAGGCGAACCCGAAGCUCUACUGGCAAGAGUUCAAGAGGAAAUACAGGAAGGAGGCGGCAAUGACGGAUCCCCACGUCAAGGACAAGGACCGAGAGAAGUGGUACCGAGAGCACAUCAACCGGCUCAAGAUGCCCCAAGCGACACUCAAAGCGGACCUCGCCGCGGCGCUCAAGGCUCUCCCCGUUUCGGUUCUCAACAACAAAUCCAGCAUCGCGAGACUGCCAUCACAACUUCUCGUGGACAUUCGAUACAUCUCACUGCCACCCGCGGUGCGCGAUCCUCUCAUCAAGACGUUUAUCCAGACCGCCGAGCCGGCCCCCGAAGGUGGAGAGGUUACUGAAGAAGACGAGGCCACGAAGAAGGCCAGGGACGCCAAGCAGCGUCGUGAAGCUGCCUUACGCAACCAUGAAGAGAGAGUUGCCGAGCAGAAACGACUGCAGCAGCGUAGCUUAGAGAUGGGCAAAGCCAGGCUACGUGAGGAGGAACGCGAAAUCGAACGAGCAAUGCAGGUUGGAAAGCAGGGCCUCCACGCACAGCUAGCCACGAUGCAGAAGAAGACUGUGGAGGACGAGCCAGAGCCUCAAGAGUAA